AAGUAUCUCUUCUGUCAUUCCUCAUCCAGCAUCUCCUCACUUUUGUUCUGUGUAUUUGUUCAUUUUCUUCAUCUUCCUCCUUCUCAUCAUCCUUCUCCUCCCUCAGACAAAAUUGAAUAUUAUUUGCUCUGUUCGCUCACUUUUACUCUUCACCAUUGAGUCUAUGCGUAAAGCCCCUUCACAGUUGAACAUUGGGAGAAUGGUGUUAGACUUUCAUUGAGACAUCAUCUCAUUGUUUCCAUCACAACUAAUCAAAGUUAUUGAAAUCAUUUGUCUCUCUCUCUCCCAUUUCCCACCCUCUCUCACUAAACAUCUCUGUCUCUGUCUCUCCCUCGUCUCUCGCUUCUCUCACCAAAGAUCUAACGAUGAUGCUAUGAUUGUCUUAACGGAAAGAUGAGCUUAUUUUACAUUCUGUUAACUGUAACAGUUCAAAUUAUUAUUCUUGUAACAAUUUGCCAAAUACCUUUAACCAUCUCAGCGCCAUCAUCUAAUCACAAUUAUCAAAGUAACAAUCAACAUUAUGGAUAUAAAGAGAAAUUACGAUCUUCGUCUAAAUCGACACCCAAAUUGCCAUCAAGUUUACCACCUUCAUCAUCGUCCACUUUUCAUUCGGCAUCAUCUUCUUUACCCUCAUUUUCAUUCGCCUCUCAACUUGUCCAUUCACCAAUUAAACGGACACCUCGUGCAGCAACUGCUCGACCUGAGCGACUCUGGGAUUACGGUGUGAUUCCGUAUGAAAUUGAGGCCAACUUUUCAGGUGACCAUAAAGCUCUAUUUAAACAAGCCAUGCGUCAUUGGGAAAACUUUACUUGUAUUCAGUUUGUCGAGCGAACACCCGAACAUCCAAAUUACAUUGUAUUCACCGAACGUCCUUGUGGUUGUUGCUCUUUUGUCGGUAAACGAGGAAAUGGUCCACAAGCCAUUUCAUUGGGUAAAAAUUGUGACAAGUUCGGUAUUGUGGUCCAUGAGUUGGGUCAUGUGGUUGGAUUUUGGCAUGAACACACUCGACCUGAUCGGGAUAAGCACGUUGAAAUUGUCAACAACAACAUAAUGUCGGGCCAAGAGUACAAUUUCAAUAAGCUUUCCGAUGAAGAGGUCAAUUCGCUGGGAUUAACCUAUGAUUUUGAUUCGAUUAUGCAUUAUGCUAGAAACACUUUUUCUAAGUCAACCUAUUUAGACACCAUUUUACCUCAAGAAGAUACAAUACACAAAACGAGACCCGAAAUUGGUCAACGAAUAAGGUUAUCGAAAGGAGACAUUUCACAAACAAAUUUACUCUACAGAUGUCCCAAGUGCGGUCGAACUCUUCAAGAGCCAAGUGACGCCUUUUGGUCUCCUUACUAUCCAAAUGGAUCCAAUCAAAUUGAAAGUGAACAUUGUGAAUGGCGAAUCACGGCAACUCACGGAGAACGCAUUCAAUUGAACAUUACCGAUCUGGACAUUGUCUCUUCUUCUGCUACAGAUGAGGUUAACGAUGAAUGUUUUGACAAUUAUAUUGAAGUUCGAGAUGGCUAUUGGCCUAAAUCACCUUCACUUGGACGAUUUUGUGGAACCAAAACUCCGGACAUUAUCAUGUCCACUGGAUAUCGAUUGUUGGUUACCCUGAAAACGACCAUCAACCAAGUUGGACAUAAAGGUUUUAAAGCUCAUUACGAAGCGAUUUGUGGUGGUGAUAUUGUUAGUGAAGAAGGAACAUCGACAAGCAAUAAACUUUUAAUCAAAUUUGUAUCUGAUUCGUCCGUCCAAAAGGCUGGUUUUUCAGCCAAUUUUAUCAAAGAGUUCGACGAAUGUUCUUCAGGUAACCAUGGAUGUGACCAUAUUUGUGUUAAUACAUUAGGCGGUUAUCGAUGUGAGUGUCGCAUUGGAUACGAGCUUCACUCAGAUGGGAAAAAGUGUGAAAAUGCUUGCGGUGGUUUAAUUGAACUAUUGAAUGGAACUCUGGUCAGUCCAUCAUUUCCUGAUCUUUAUCCACCCAACAAGAAUUGCAUCUGGGAAAUUGUUGCUCCACCACAAUUCAGGAUAACAUUGAAUUUCACUCAUUUCGAUUUGGAAGGAAAUAAUCAAGAUUGUGAGUAUGACAGUGUUGAGGUGAAGAGUGUUAAAAGCGACAAUCCAGAUUAUUAUAAACAUGGAGUAUUUUGUGGUCCAACAAAUCCGCCGACAAUCACCUCGAUUGGGAAUAGUUUGAGGAUUGCAUUCAACACUGAUAAUAGUGUACAGAAAAGUGGAUUCUCGGCUUCAUUUUUUACUGAUAAAGAUGAAUGUGUUGUUAACAAUGGCGGCUGUCAACACAUUUGUAUCAAUACAAUAGGAUCAUAUAAGUGUGCCUGCCACAAUGGCUUUGUCCUUCAUGAAAAUAAACAUGAUUGCAAGGAGGGAAGUUGUACUCAUUCAAUUGUAUCACCCUUUGGGUUAAUCAGUUCACCCAAUUAUCCUGAACCAUAUCCUAACCGUAAAGACUGUGCUUGGCUAUUUACCACCACUCCAGGUCAUCGAAUUAAACUCGCCUUUGAAGACUUCGAACUGGAAAUUCACCCUGAAUGUGCUUAUGAUCAUUUACUUGUCUAUGAUGGACCCACAAUGGAUAAUACCACUUUGGGUAAAUUUUGUGGAUCCAAAUUGCCGCAUCCGUUGCUUUCCUCGUCAAAUAAGUUGUACAUGAUCUUCAAGUCUGACCCAUCAGUCCAACGGAAAGGCUUUAAGGCAACUCAUACAACUGUUUGUGGUGGCCGGUUGAUUGCUACUUCCAAUGUUGAACAUUUAUAUUCUCAUGCUAAAUACGGUGAUUCCAAUUAUGACAAAAAGGAAGAUUGUGAUUGGAUUAUUGAAGCUCCUGAUGGUUAUCGGGUUAGACUAAGGUUCCUUACCUUUGAAAUUGAAGCGGAAAAUGAUUGCAGCUAUGAUUAUGUGGAAAUAUUUGACGGUUAUGACACUUCAUCUCGUCUUAUUGGCCGCUACUGCGGUAAUACUUUGCCACCUGAAGUUUUAUCAACAAAUGAGUACCUUUUGGUUCGCUUUCAUUCCGAUGAUACUCAGCACAACAAAGGAUUUUCUAUUGUUUAUCAUGGAUUGGAUGGAAAUGAAGAUGGACAGUUCAUCAAUCAUUCGUCAUCACUUCGAUAAAUGUUAACUUAUGUGAUUUACAAUCUUCAGCGGAAAUUGAUUGGAAAAAUUAGUGAUAAUCCUUUUUACAUACUCUGCAUAACUCUUUAUUCCGCCAUGCAUCAGAAUAAAAAGUAAUUAACAAUCAACGAAAUAAUCUGAAUAAAGAUGCUCUUUAACGCGAGAGUUCUGUCUUA